GCAGCCUGGUCUAGUGCUUGGUGACCCCACACAUAGCAGGGGGUUGGAACUAGAUGAGUAUUGUGAUCCUUUUCAACGCAGGCAAUUCUAUAAUUAACUAUAUAUUGUUAAAAAGUAAAGAAAGAUUGAAAGUGAACAGUCAUGGGAUGGUUUUGUUUUGUUCAAUGUUUUGGCAAACCCACCAAAUGAGUCUCGCCCAGCUCCCACAGAGAUGCGUUUAUUACAGGCACUGUGUCCAAUAGUGAAAACACCCGUGGGUAAAAUCAAGCACUUGUGUAAUGAUUUGUAAAUCAUCUAUUGGUUUGUAAACUCUGUGGAGUUUUGACAUGUGUAAAUUCACUGCAAAUGCCAGAACUGUCUUCUUGGUGUUUCUCCAGUUCCGCCUGAUGGCUGCUGCAGGAAAGGCUGCUUCUUUCCAUCUGCCUCCUCUGCCAACGGUGGGGGAGAUCAUUAAGCUUUUUCGUCUUCGAGCGCAGAAAGAACUUUCCCAGAAUUUUUUGCUGGACUUACGAUUGACAGACAAGAUAGUGAGACAAGCUGGCAAGCUGAAAAAUGCUUAUGUCUGCGAAGUGGGCCCUGGGCCAGGAGGAAUUACCAGGUCUAUUCUCAAUGCCGGUGUUCAACAACUCCUCUUGGUUGAAAAAGAUACUCGAUUUAUUCCAGGAUUGCAGAUGCUGUCUGAAGCAGCUCCAGGAAAAGUACGCAUUGUUCACGGAGAUAUUCUGACAUAUAAGAUGGAGAAGGCUUUUCCAAAUCACUUAAAGAAGAACUGGGAGGAUGAGCCACCAAAUAUUCAUAUCAUUGGAAAUCUACCCUUCAGUGUUUCAACUCCUCUAAUCAUCAAAUGGCUUGAAAAUGUUUCUAAAAGAGAUGGACCUUUUAUUUAUGGAAGGACACAGAUGACACUGACUUUUCAGAAGGAAGUUGCAGAGAGGCUUACUGCUAAUACAGGAGGCAAGCAACGUAGCAGACUGUCCAUCAUGUCUCAGCAUCUCUGCACUGUUGAGAACUGUUUUGUAAUACCAGGCCAAGCCUUUGUUCCAAAGCCAGAUGUGGAUGUGGCAGUGGUGCAUUUCACUCCAUUGGUGCAACCAAAGAUACAGCAGCCGUUUGAGCUAGUAGAAAAAGUGGUUAAAAGUGUUUUUCAAUUCAGAAGAAAAUACUGCUGCCGCGGAAUCCAGAUCUUGUUUCCCGAAAGAGAACGUUUGAAAAAAACAGAACAGUUGAUGAUGGCAGCAGAUGUUGAUCCAACUCUGCGUCCUGUUCAGCUCACUAUGUCGCACUUUAGAAGUCUGUGCAAUGCAUACAGGAAAAUGUGUGAUGAAGACCCAAACCUUUUUGCAUACAAUUACAGAGAAGAGCUAAGACAGAAGAAGAGGAAGCGUUCCCCUGAAAGUACAAACCAGCUAGAAGAGACUGUAGAGGAAAAUCAUCUGUAACUGCAGCAGACUGAACUGAGAUUUAACUUCUUGAUCUAGAGGUGUUGAUUUAUGUAUUCUUACAUCUCUUCAGGUAUGGAAGAAAUAACUUUUGAAAAAAUGGUGAAGGAGGCUUUCCUAUUUUAUUUGUUCAGUUCAGCUGUAGACAAAAGUUUAGGACAGUCCACUUACAAUGUGCCUACUGGUUCAUCUCGUUUCCAAGGACAGAACACACACCCAGAACAAGGUAUGUUGUGAGAUACGUAAUUAAAUGGAAAUAAUACAUUUUGUAUGAACGUGAGUGCGUUACUGCAACAUAAAAACUCUUUUCAUACUUGCAGCAUGUAAGAUGUUGUCUGAGGUCUUAUGCCCUUUUUAUCUGGGAAAAUCCUCUGUGCAGAGUAAUUUAAAAAUCAAAAGCCUCAUAUAAAUAUACUCAAGUGACUGGCUUAUAGGAGGAUAAAGUGCACAGAUUGCCUCAAGGUCUGCUAAUACUCUUUCUCAUAUAUACAAAAGCAAAGAACUUGGGAGUUUAAGAGAACAGCAGCACGAUAAAAAGUAGAAAACAUAGCUAAGUACAAUACUUAUUUGUCUUUUACUGUACAGGCUGGUAGAGAAAAUAAAAAAUACAGUCAAAUAAAAGAUUACAGGCCAAGCUUUGAUUUUAUAUUUACACAUAUAUAUAUAUAAAGUAUAAACAGCAUCUUGAAACCUACAAAAAUGCAAUUUCUGCACUGUUGUGCACUAAAGCACAUUCAAAUAACUUAAUUCUGCUUUAAAUAAAGCAAAAAUGAAAACCAAAGAAAAUAAAUGCCCAUGGUAUUGAAAAAUUCAUUUUGUUAUACUACUUUCCACUGCAUUUACUUCUGCCACUCACUAGCACCUUUUCCACAUAACUUAACUUAAAAUUACUAACAAGGCCACCCUUCCCCUCCCCAAGAAUAAUACUACAUAAUCGCAAUAAGCGUUUGAAAGGGAUGAACUAAUUUACAGACCUUGGCAAACUUAAUCUAUUUUUGAUCCACAAUAAAUUAAAAUAACUUAAAAAUCCUUUACAGCUGUAUUUGUGGAAAAACUGUACUAGUGCUGAAAAUCAGAUAGUAGUUUUGCUGUGGCUUCCAUGAAUUUACUGAUUUUAAAGCAAAAUAAGUUUGUUGAAUUUUAUGUGGACUUCAAAUGAACAUUUUGUAUAGAGUGCUGCUCAGAAAGCUAGGAUUUCCCAUGCCUCUCCACAGCUUCAUAAAAACAGUCCUCAUUAACUACAGAUGUUAAGCUCUGGACGCUAAAUUCUCUCUCCAAAAUAGAGUUCAGGUCCAAGUUUGCAGCAUCAGAGUGGCUGUCAAGGGACUGGUGACGUUCCUGCAUUGCCAUUAAAGUUCCCCUGUUACGCUUUGUGCUGUUUACUUUUCUCUUCACUGGGCAGAAAUGGCCACGUAUCAGCUUUGGAUGUUCUCCCAUCUUGAAACCAUCUCCUUCCUCCUUUUCUGCAGCUUGAUCUCGUUCAGAGUCAGUAUUGGGUUCCUCUGAAAUCUUCAGCCGUUGGAACUGAAUUUCAAUGUCUUUAGUAGGGCUGCUCUUCUUUAGGUUCUGAUAUUCAUCAUCGUCAUCAUCACUGAGAAUAUCAGAUUCUUUGACAAGAGCAUUAGAAAAGUCAGAGGCACAGCUCUGUACAUGCUGAUCAGGAGAUGAAGUUUUGGGCUCCUGUAUGCUCUCAGUGGUGUUGCAGCUGCUGCUCUGGGUGCUGCUGCUCAGGCUGCACUCAUCAGAGUCCUGGAAGGUGCCUUUCCCUUGGUCACCGUUCCACUCACUGCUGGGUGAAUUCUUCAGUACCUUCAAGGACCUGGUGGAAGCUGUGCAGAAGAAGAAGGCAGUUUUAUCUUCUCAUCUAAACAUCUGGUUAUACUGCCUGUCUCAACAACCCACUUCCAGUCACGAUGUACAUAGCCUCAUUCAAGGUCAGGUGUGUCAGCAUUCUGAUACCAGCAGUGUAAUUAAGCAUCAGAUUUUUCUCUUACCUCCUUCAGAGUUAGAUGCUUGCCUUUAUGUGCAGGCAUAUAUACCUCAAGUACUAGAGGGCCAAGUUGGAGGCAUGAGUUGAACUGUCCCUGAUCCUGCCACAUAAUGAGGAUUUUAGUCAACUGAACACAUAGAGAACUAGAAAUACUAGUAGGAAACUAGUAGAUAAAAAGCCUGAAGCCUGUGCUUAAUUCAUUACCAUAUGUGCUGGGAUGCAGAUUAAGAACAUGGAGAGAAACAAGAGCCCUGUCUUUUGUUAUUUGUUUUAGCUUUGACUGUUAGCAGGGCUCAGACACUAGAGGUAACUCUGAGGAAAGAACACAGUAUUCUGCAGGCCAAAGGAAGUCUGUUUCUAACUAACAAAAUGGGGCCUUACUAAGUCUACCCUUAAGAAAGCUAAUGACAAAUCAAACGUGAGAAUACAGUGGGAACUAGCAAGCUUGCUUAUCUCCUCUAGCCUUUGUCAUACGCUGAGUUGUGGAGAAACUGCUGCAACUACUCAGCCUGAAAAAGAAAAUGGAAUUUGUGGGUCUGGCACACGACACUGUACAGCCACUUUAACAACUGCAAAUCAUUGCCAGCUCUGGAUUCCAGCCUCCAUUUUUCACUUUGAGAACCUGUUUCUUACCCAGUUUAGCUGUGGCAGGCACACGGUUCUUGAGUGGGAUGAGGCGAUCUUUACAGGUUUUCUCCAGAGGCAGCUCACAUUUUAUGUGACGUCUGAAAUUCUCCCGCAAGAUAGAACGGAUCACCUUCACAAUGUUAGUCUUGUUCUCGCAGUCACUGGAAGUUUAACACAACAGAUAAUCUCAUUUUCACAUCUAAAGAAAGGCAGCUGAAAUCACAUUCAACCUCCUGCUUUUUGUUGAUGUUUAGCGUGGUGAUUUUUUUCAGUCACUUUCCUUAGUAGUAGUUUGGCAGUUAAACAUUGUUCUGUGUUGUUAGGUAUGUCAUACUCUUUUGUGUUUUGAGUUCUUAGUUACUUCCUUUAAAACAGCCUGAAAGAUAGGUACCAAAGGAUUACCCUUUGAGUGGUGUUAUCAAAUUAGGGUUAGGCAAUUUCUGCUAACCAACCAAGAGUCUGGUAAAAAUAGUCUGCCCCUAUCAUACUGGAAUUUAUGAUACUACACCUGUGCAGAUUUUCACUGGAUCACUGCAUCAAGUUCAAGGCAGUUUCAAACUGUUAUGUCUGUUAUAUCUUAUGCAGGUAAAUAGUAGCACAGUGCCUAGAUUUAAAGACUGGUAACAGCUUUAGAAGUGCUGAUAUAAUGGUCACAGGGUGGAAGGGUCUUCUACUUUUUAAAAUUUCAUUAAUGUAUUAAUUAAUUUCACACAUUAAUUUCAUCCAACUUCCAUAAAAAGCUUACCUGCUGCACAACUGAAAAAUGGUUUCUGGCCUGCCUUCCAGUUCUGACUUUGUGUGAAUCAGUUCCCAGAUACAGCUGUUCUCUGUUCCUGUGCAUAGAAGAUGAUGUUAUUUUUAUAUAUUUCACAGAACCUUCAGCAUUAGAAAGACCCGUGGAGAGCUCCUCUUCUCCUGAAAGCAGUGUCAACACAGGGUGUGGUAGAUCCACAGAAGAUCUCAUCUGAGAUAGAACCCAAAAGAAAGUUCCCUGAACUCUCUAGUUCUAGCAGCCUGCAAGGGCUACCUUUGAAAACUCUAUGUUCUCUCUUGGAGAGUUGCUUUCCCCUGUUCUUAUGCUUCUUAAUGCCUUCCAGCCUUAGAAGACCUUCUCCCAUUUCCUCUAAGACAGCCUGUGACACUAUACAAGGUUCAGAACUGGAUAGAAUCAUAAAAAUCAACUCAGAGAAAACAAAGAGGUGGCCCUCUGCUACACCAGUUAUACAGUCAGCUUCCCACACCAAGACUCCGCACACAGAAAGGGCAUAACCAGGAUGUCAGCCAAGGUAAACCCCAUCCUGUUCAUGGUAUCUUUUUACAGGGAAUUUUCAUUCUGUCAUAUCUUCAUAUCACCCUCCAUCUUCUUUAACUCAGGGAAGAACAGGGAUAAAGCCAGCAUAUGGAACUGCAAAAGUCUAUUUGUGAAUGAGGUCUGUGUCCUGUGAGGUCAGACAACAGUAGAUAGGACUUUCUCUGUACCUGCCUGUUUCCAGCAGCUCCAGAACUACAUACAAAAGAAGCAGUACUGGAGAAUCCCAGAAAACUAUUCAUUCCAGAGUUUUCAGUACAAGGAAAUUAAUUACCUGCUGCGUUCCCAAGCCGAACUUGAAGAGCAGAUAGAGGAAUCAGCCAGCGAAACUUAAAUGGAUCCAAGUCACCAUAAUUAUGGGCAGCACGAACAUUACUUGGCUGCAAAAACAAAAGCAAGAAGAUAUUUCUAAGAAGUGGUUCUUUUUUGCUUCCAUUUCAGAUCCAUAACUGAAGAGAAAUUGCAGUUCAUUAGACUUUUUCCUUCAACCCCUAAUGUGUGCUUGUAGCUGGAAUGGUCAUAGAUAGACACAGCCUUGGAAUUUGUAGUUGCUUCAGCUUUUAAAAGCACUUGAUUUUAAUGGAUAAGAGUAAUAUAUAUAAGUGCUAUUUGGGAACAAACAUUCAAUGGAGAAAUAGUCUAGGGAUCAUACAUUAGCAGAAAACAAUCAUGUCACUGCUGCUGCUACUACUCCUAAAGCCCUUUGAUCUCUUAACGAUUUGCAGGUUGCAGUACAUUGCCACUGAUACUCAGGAUAUACUCAGGAUACUCAGGUUGCUGCUUUAGUAUUCCAGUUUUGUAAAUGGGGCCAGAGAAAGUUACAUUUAUACAUCCUUUCAAAGUGAUCAAGGGUCUAUAAACAGAGGUCUUCAAUUCUCACAGUGUUAAGGUAGGCUGUCACAAAAGCUAUCUGGAAGGAAGUGAUUCCUGUAUGGCAGUGUUUCAUCCCUGACAGAACCAAUGUAUUGCCGACAGAGAAGAUGCUGGAGCUUACUAAACAGCACUAAAAACAAACAAACAAAAAAACAGCUACAACUUAUUGUUACGUAAAUACUGAAUGCUUGUUUUUUCUAUGGUAGCUAAAGUUCCAGCCUAGUGAGAGGAGGUGGUAUUUUACCACAGCCACUUCCUCUUCAACACCAGUAUGAUCCAUUCUACGCUGCAGCAGGAUCCUGCUCAUAAACAUCCACCACAACUCACACCAGACUUACCAUUUUCUUUUUCAGUUUGUAGUUCUCUUUAUACACCAGUAUUACAGCCCUCUUAAAAACUAAAAAAGAAAAGAAGAAAGAAAGAAGACUCUUAAUUGCAGAUACAAUAUUCAGUGAAAAUAUCCUGAAAAAGCUGAAUAUUAAAAGUCAUGAGACGAGAUAAGCAAAGUGAUUGGGAAGCAUCUACUCUGUAUUAAAGUAUUGAGUUUUUCAUCCCACAUAUGUUCAUGCAGUAGCAAUAUUUAUUCUCAGAUCUUCUGAUGAACUUUUUAAGGUAAAGCCAUUCUGCACGUGCAUUAUGAAACUACUGGCAGCCUGGCUCUAGCAAGUCUUCACACAAACAUAUAAAGCUGAUGCAGUUUAGACAUUAAGGAUUCAGGUUUUCUUUUGGAUGGAUGCCUUCAUGUGGAGUGAAAUGCCAGUACUAAGAGAGAACUGUGAAAAAGGAUGAUAAGUCUUCCUGCAGGCCAGCUUUUGUUCAGUUGGAAACAAACAUUCAUCUCAAUUCCUACUUCUGCAUCUGAAGGAAUUAUCUGUCUUCCACAGCAUCUGAGUGGAGCGGCUCACUAAUGGUAUCUAAUCUCUCAGCUUCCAGUGAGGCAGUGACAUGUUCUCUCUAAUCAACAAGGAGAGAUUAGAAAACCAGGGACAUUGAAGGUGCAUCUGGACUAUGGGAUAGCAGUCCUGGAUCCCAGACUGGAUGACAGUGGUAUAGCUCUAUUCUUACUUAUGCAUCCACAUUUCCUUCCAGUGGAAGAGAGGGGCAGUGAUAUGCAGUAGGCUGUCAUGCCUUCAUGGAGCCAGGAUGCAGACACAGUGAGCACAACAUUUAGUCUAGAGUUGGGCAUAAAUUCCUUUAGUUUCACAUAUUAAAUAAGUGCACUUUUCAAGCUGCAGUAGACUAAAGUGGGAAUAAAACCAGGUUUCCCAGGUGGCAGACAGUCUAAGCUACGUAUCAGGCCAGAGUCCCUUCAUUUAUUUAUACACACCCUGUUGAGAACUCCCACUUACUGGGCUUGAGUGACUGGCAUGUGUGGAUCACUGAGAGCUCAUCCAAGUGAACAUGUGGAAGCAGUUCACACUUCUUCUGUUUAGAAGCACUCUCUCCCCUUAUCUGUCAUGCUUGGAAACUUAGGAAAGCUUGUCUCAUGAACCUGGAGUUGUUCUCUGGGUCCAAAGACAUUUUAAAUAGAUGUUUUUUAAAUAAAUAGACAAGUGCCUAAUAUGUUUCAGUGGAACCUUUUGAUUAGUAAGAUAGUAAAUGAUUAAUAGUACUUAUACUGUUCAGUAAAACUCUUGGUUCCAUGCACUGAUUUUCACUUACAUGUUUCAGGUUAAAAUAGUCUGAACAAGGACUGGCAGACAACACAUUUUGAUGUAACAGUUGUAAAACAGGUUUUCCUGUAUUCCCAGGAGUGAAAUAAAUCACCAUUUUCCUACCA